CAUCUUGUCGCUCAGACUAGAGAUGCACCGAUCCGACUUUUUCAGUUCCGAUACCGAUACCGAUGCCGUGGCUUUGCGUAUCGGUCGAUACCCGAUACCGAUCCGAUAUUAUGGUUGACUUGAUUGAUUGAUUGAUUGUAUAUUUAUUGAUCCCCAGGGGUUGGGAAAUUCAGGCCCCAGCCGUAUUCAUACCACAGAGUGGGUAUACAAAAGACACACAGAUGGCAUGAGCGCAACUCAAUAGGCUCUCAUAAGGCUGCCACACAACGGUGCCACAAAGAAAGGCAGAAAGUGCUCAAGAUAAAAGCCAUCAAAGCAAAACAAAGCUAAAAGACAAAGGAAAAAAAGUAACAGCGGCCAACCAGCACCCCUCAAUACAAGAGAACACCCCAAAACACACAAAAUAGCCUCCACGGGGUCCAUAGACAGGUGUAGGGGCAGUCCAGUUCAAACUUAACAAGCUACAUAACUCUACAUGUGGAACAGAAAAGACCAAAGGCAAUGGCAUCAGGCAGACUACACAGUUCUUUGCUCUAAAUUAGGGGUGUCCAAACUAACGGUCCAGUUUUUAUUGGCCCGCAGCAAAUUCUGAAAACAUAAUUGAAUAUGGCCCGCACAAGAAGCUUGAGCUCAGCUUCUCAGUUUCCACACUAGAUGGAGCCCGCCACACAAAGCGUUUGAGGUCCCAUUAACACCCCCCCCGGAAGAGAAGCGAACACGCAGCGUUUCACAUCCGAUUAGCCCCCCCCCCAUUCGGGAGAGAAGCGAACGCGCAGCCUUUGACGUCCCAUUAGCAACCCGAAGAGAAGCGAACGCGCAUGGUUUGACGUCCGCUUAGCAACCCGGGGAAGAGAAGCGAACGUUCGCUCCAUGUUUGCGUUUGUUUAGAAAACUCUCGUGGCAUGCGGCACACGUGCUGCUGGCGUAUGACGUAGCCCGCGUCCCAAUAGAUUAAGGAAAGUAUCGGCUCACAGAUCGGCUGUAUUGCCCGAUACCCGAUCCAUCUAUUUUGUUGAUAUCGGGACCGAUAUCCGAUCCAGAUAUCGGAUCGGUGCAUCUCUAGCUCAGACCUUAGACAGAUCCGAGCCAUCUCGUCCUCCAUGGGCAAUAUUGCUGUAGUGAUGAGACGGUUAAACAGAGCACGCAGGCAACACAACAACAUCCACACAAGGAGGGGAGCUGUAUUAUUGCCGCCAAAAAGGCACAGACCAGGCAGUCCAAGUGAAGGUUGUCUGUGGUGCUGAAGAGGCAAAUUUUUAAGAGUUUUCAUGCCAGCCCGGCAGGGGCACACACCGGGCAAAAUAAAACAACACACAGCAUCUCUCUGAGAUAUUACUGGCCAGCGAUGUCUGUUGACAUUAAUGGGUGUCCCAGUGCACCGAAUGUCAGGCAGCCGGCAUAUCAAUAAAAAGCCCAACAGAGGUCAUGCCUAUACAGGUGUCUCAGCCAUUCGAACUCUUGGGGAUGGACCUCAUUGGCGAACUGGCUCAGACAAAAGAUGGAUACCAAUAUAUUUGCGUGAUGGUCGAUUAUUUCACGAAAUGGCCUCAAGCCUAUCCAUUGAGGUCGAAGUCUGCUGCUGAUGUUACCGCCUGUAUCCUAAAAUUCGUCUACCAAUUUGAGUCGCCAAAAAGGAUCUUGGCAGAUCAAGGCAAAGAAUUUGUCAAUGCAAGCUCUGAGCAAAGUGGUUUGUCAGCAUCCAGAAAGCUGGGAUGAAUAUUUGGAUCCAGUUAUCUUUGGUCUCCGGACCAAAAAAUGACGACAAACUACUCGCCUUACUUUCUAAUGUUCGGCAGAGAGGCACGCUACCCCAUUCAAGUGCUAGAACACUACGAGGUUGAUGGCACUGUGGAGCAUGUGGUGAGGAUCGAAGUUACGGCACAAGACCAUAACGAACAAGACCAACUAUUUGAGCAAGUUAGAGAGCACAUUAGAAAAGCGCAGGAAAAAACAAGGGACCCAAAAACAACCUCAGGGACCACACCAACUGUACACAUCGGAGAUCUUGUUCUAAAACAAAAUAUCAGGUCUCAACAAAGAAAGGGAGGAAAAUUGAACCUCAAUUUUUUGGGGCCAUACAAAAUUGUGGCGAUUGAGGGCAAGACAGCUGACCUCCAGGAUGAGAAUGGAACCUUGGUCCCCAAAAUAAACAUUGACCACCUAAAACCAUACAAAGAAAAUAAACAAAAAGUGCCUCAUAGGUAUGAAAACAAAAAAGGAGCAUCCUCCUGGAUGACACAGUCACCAUCCCCACCAGCCUCAGCUCCUCCAGCCACUGCUCCUCCAGCCACUGCUCCUCCAGCCGCAGCUCCUCCAACCACCGCUCCCUCUUCCACUGCUCCACCAGCCGCAGCUCCUCCAAGCACCGCUCCCAAUGCCACUGCUCCACCAGCCGCAGCUCCUCCAAGCACCGCUCCCACUGCCACUGCUCCUCUAGCCUCAGCUCCUCCAGCCAUUGCCCCCUCUGCCACUGCUCCUCCAGCCUCAGCUCCUCCAACCACCGCUCCCUCUCCCACUGCUCCACCAGCCGCAGCUCCUCCAACCACCGUUCCCUCUUCCACUGCUCCACCAGCCGCAGCUCCUCCAAGCACCGCUCCCACUGCCACUGCUCCUCCAGCCUCAGCUCUUCCAGCCAUUGCCCCCUCUGCGACUGCUCCUCCAGCCUCAGAUCCUCCAACCACCGCUGCCUCUCCCACUGCUCCACUAGCCGCAGCUCCUCCAACCACCGCUCCCUCUCCCACUGCUCUACCAGCCGCGGCUCCUCCAAGCACCGCUCCCACUGCCACUGCUCCUCCAGCCUCAGCUCCUCCAAGCACCGCUCCCACUACCACUGCUCCUCCAGCCUCAGCUCCUCCAGCCACUGCCCCCUCUGCCACUGCUCCUUCAGCCACAGCUUCUCCAGCCACGGCUCCCUUUUCCCCUGCUCUUAAUACCGCAACACCACCACGACUGUCUUUGACUUUUGGACAAACGAGGGAAAAUGUGGACAAAUACGUUCAAGAUGCCUGGAAGGGAAAGCACAUCCAUGUUCUCCUAUCAAAAAUCGGGGCGUACAAAUUGUUCUUUUGGGACAUUAUGGACGUUAGACCCAAUUCUGAGCUGGAAUCGGAGCCCGGGUUCCCGCAACGCGAAGGCGGAUGCCCUGUCGCGUUCGUUUCCUGGCGGGGAGGAGGGACGGGGUCCGCCUCCCACUAUUCUCCCGAGCUCGGUGCGGGUGGCGGCACUCAUGGGAGAUUGAACGCCAAGUGGAAGCCGCAUCACGCGAUCAACCUGGCCCCAGCAACUGCCCGGAAGGUCGCCUGUUCGCCUGAGGGCUUGCGCUCGUCCGUGCUGCAAUGGGCACACGACUCACGCCUGGUCUGUCAUCCCGGAGCUGCGUGCACGAGGUAUGUGGUGGCGCAGCGUUUCCGGUGGCCCACCUGGCAAGUGGACACCAGCGAUUACGUCAGAGCCUGCUCAAUAUGUAACCGCUGUAAGACAUCUACUCGUCCUCCGGCCGGGCUGCUCCAACCCUUGCCGGUUCCCCGGCGUCCCUGGUCUCACCUGUCCAUCGACUUUGUCACGGGCCUUCCCCCCUCGGAGGGGAACACGGUGGUCCUCACGGUGGUGGACUGGUUCAACAAAAUGACGCACUUCAUUCCUCUGCCUAAGCUUCCCUCCGCGAAGCAGACUGCGUCCAACAUGGUGCGGGAGGUGUUUCGUCACCACGGCCUCCCACAGGACAUCGUGUCGGACCGUGACCCGCAGUUCGCGUCCACCUUCUGGGCAGAGUUCUGCCGACUCCUCGGCGCUACGGCCAGCCUCUCGUCGGGGUUUCACCCUCAGUCCAACGGUCAAGCGGAGCGUCUGAACCAGGAGCUGGGCAGGUCCCUCCGAUGCAUGGCCGCCGGGGACCAGCGUGGGUGGGUCCAACAGCUGCCUUGGGUGGAGUACGCCCACAAUUCCCUCCCCAGCUCGGCUACGGGACUGUCGCCCUUCCACCGCGUCUUCGGGUACCAGCCGCCCUUGUUCGCCCACCAGGAACGUGAAACGGCGUGCCCGUCGGCCCAGGCUUGUGUCCGCCGUUGUCGUCGUGCCUGGGCAAGGGCCCGGACUGCUCUGUUUCAGGCUGCGCCGGCCCCGGAGUACAGAGUGGGCCAACGGGUGUGGCUCUCGACGCAGGAUUUGCCGCAGCGAAAGGGGUCCUGCAAGCUGGCGCCGCACUUUGUUGGACCGUUUCCCAUCCAGAAGGUGAUCAGCCCGUCCGCCGUCCGUCUCCUCCUUCCGGAAUCCAUGAAGGUACACCCCACGUUCCACAUGUCCCGUGUGCGGCCCGUCUUUGAGAGCGCAUUGGUGCCCGUGCCGCCGCCAAUACCUGGUGGAUUGGGAGGGCUAUGACGACGCCCACCGCUCCUGGGUCCCGAGCUGCUGGAUCCUCGACCGUUCGCUCAUCGCGGAGUUCCAUCGCUGUCACCCGGGCCCCCGGUGCGGACAGCCGAGGACGGUUGAGGGGCCCAGGGGUAAGGGCCCGAGGCGGCCUUGUCCGCCGGUGCCGCAGUCUUCUGCCCCCGCGUUCAUCGAUCCUGCGUCCGACGAGGGAUCAGACGUUUCGACGGAGUACUCGUCCAGGGGGUUGCCUUCCUCUGCCUUAUUUUUUUUUUUGUGUUUUAGUGCUCUGGGGACGUCAGGAGCCGUCCCUUGUGGGGGGGGUUCUGUCACGUACUGGCGCCACCUGUGACAGGACCACGCCCCCCUAUCAGCGGAAUCGCCGCCACCUGCCACAGCCUCAUGGACAGCGCUAUAUCAACGCCGCCAGCGCAGACCAGAUUGUCCGUCUGUCCCGUGAUGUUUCGCUCUCCGGUCCACGACAAACUGACGUCCGUGAAGAAAUCGAAGAUACAGCAGAACCGCUUGUUUCUCCAAGCCGAUCGCCGAUCCAGCGCCGGCUCCAGCUUCGCCCACCCGCAAUAAAGGCAAUCAUGCCAAGAGAAAAAAGUUCCUUCCUAUUUGAUCCUCUUGGGUGUUCAUGCGCAAGAAAGGGUGCAAUGUUUCCAGGUGGACUUGCGGCACUGGCAACAAGAUUCAACCUCUCGUGCUGUAUUUGCUUUGAAAGUAUGCAUUUGAUUUACAGACUAGAUUUACCAAACUCAUAUCACUCAAUUAUGCAAAACCUUAAUCAAACAUUACUCAAAACUAGAAAACUAAUUUAGAGUUCAUACAACAAAAGACUAAAACAAGUUAUUGUCUGACAGCAGAUUUUGUUGUGUGAUAUAUAUAGGCUAAAGAUGGCAAACAUUUAAAGCAUUCUUUAUGCACUGUAAACAUCUGACAUUGUCUUUUUCAGUUUGCAGAACAUCUUUCAAAUAAAGAAAUAGAUUUCUCAGUAAAAGCACAUGAUGUAAAUAGGUACAGGCUGCAAAUUGCCACCACACUUCUAGUAUUAGAGACUGGUAAGUAAUAUCCACCCAAGAGAUGUUAUUGCCACCCAAAGUAUGGUCCUGACUGUGCUAUCAAUGCUAUAUACAACUUCUUCUUCUGUCUUUGUUUUCACAGAUGAUUUAUCUAACUUGUGCUUUGUUUGUGGGGAAGCGACACAUGACACAGACAACAGAUGCUGUAUGCACACUUGCUCCAUUUUUGCUCUUAUUUAUUAUGUUAUUUGUUUAUUUAUUAUUUAUUCACAGUUUGUGCCUUGUUUUUAUUUGUUUGUGUUGUUUACUUGUACGUAUAUUGUGUACUAUGUCUUGUCACUGUGGAAUAGUAGUGUGAACAAAAUUUAAACUGUAUGUAUCUUGUCAUGUGAAGAAAUCGACAAUAAAGCAGACUUUGACUUUGA